CGAAAAAAAAGCUAAAUCCCGCAUCCCGCCAAACCUAUUGGGGACCCUCCUCAGCCACGGACACUAUCAGCCGACAUACUGGGCGCCAGAAGGGGUUUAUUUACAAUUUCCGGAAGAUCGCGCCAUUCCUUGCAAACCAAAACGAGGCAAGACGUCGUGGAGAUCUGGGUCCUAACGUAAACAGCCGAUAAAAACAUGGCGGUAUAAAUCAGCGGAAUCAUAAAAUUCAUAAAAUUCGGGCUCAUGUAAACAACGAACGGACAUGGAAUUAUGGUUUGAGUGGGAAGGAAACAACGAGGAGCAUCUUUCCUUCGAUGACAGUGAUCGUUUUGAGGAGGAUUCGUUAUGUUCUUGGGUUUCAGAGCCCGAGAGCAUUUGUGGAAAUUGGCGAGGUUGGAAGAGGAAUUCUCAAAAUGGUGUUCAAUUUGAUGGGGACUUCAGUGAAGAAAAAGUGGAAACCCUAAUUGAAAUAUGCGCUAGAGCAGUAGCUAAACACCUUCCUUUUGAAACAGUAGAAAGGACAUGUCCUGAAAUUCCCGAACAACUCCAGUUAAGAAUUGCGUUUUGGUCAUUCCCUCCUUUCGAAGAAGACAUUCGACUAUAUUCUUGUUUAGCCAAUGGUUCCCCGGACAAAUUUCUUGAAGGCGAGCAACUUCUCAAAGUGCAGGCGGUGAAGGACGCCCUACAGAUUGGUUUUCAUCUAAGUGCCGCAGUCCACCAACCUCAUGGUAUUUGCCAAAGCAAAGGAACCUUUAAUGUUGCCGUCACUUUUGACAGAGGACGCAUCACAUCUUGUAACUGUACCUGUGAUCAAACUGUGACAUGGUGUUCCCACGUAAUUGCUUUAUGCCUCUUCAGAAUACACUUUCCACACCUGGUGUGUCUUAGAGCUCCCCUGUCAGAAUAUCUGUCACGUCUAAGGCGAGAUCAGCUACAGAAGUUUGCUCAGUAUCUUAUCAGUGAACUGCCUCAGCAGCUUCUUCCUACUGCACAAAGACUCCUAGAUGAGUUACUAUCAUCACAAGAAUCUGCUAUCAACUCUGUAUCAGGAGCUCCAGAUCCAACUGCAGGACCAUCAGCUGCUGAUCACUCAAAAUGGUGCCUGGAUGAAAGUGCACUCCAUGAAAAUAUCAAGAAGAUGCUAGUGAGAUUUUGUGGUCCGAGUCCUUUAGUGUUUAGUGAUGUGAAUGCUCUGUAUUUAGCUAACACUGCUCCUCCUACAGCAGCUGAAUGGUCAAAUCAUCUCAGGCCUUUACGAGGUCGGGAACCAGAAGGAAUGUGGAACCUGCUGUCAAUAGUCCGUGAACUGUUCCGUAGAGGUGAUAUGAAUGCCGUGAACCUUCUAACCAUUAUCACUGAAGAAUGUCUGGCCAACGAUCAGGUGUUGAUUUGGUGGUUUGACAGUCGCAGUCAAGCCGCCGGCAAUUCAUCAUCUCAUAGCCAUGGCAAUAGUUACAGGGGUAAUACUAAUGCUGCAAGCACAGAAGCCACUAAGCAUGCUUGUGCUGGAUUCUGUGAUGAGCUUGUGACCUUGUGGAGACUGGCAGCACUCAAUCCCAAACUGACAGAUGAGGAGCGAGAAGAGAUUAAGAGUCAGUUGCAAGAGUGGCACCAAAAAGCGGUAGACAAAGGCAGGGCAGGAAGAGGCACCAGUCAUGUGAUUCCAUCAACAGCAAUGUCAUGCUUCCCUGGUUUCUGCCCUGCCAUAGAGGCUUGUUCACUUGACUGGAAAAAUCUUCAGCCAGGGAUAGUUCUAGAAGAGAAUACAUCAAGCGCAGACUCUCCAGAGACUGUGCUUGUUGAAAACAGCAUGGGACCUCUUGAAAGCGUGGGAGGCAGCCAAGGUGUAAGUGAAGAAAACACUAGCAGCACUUUAGAAUCCUCUCCCAUCCCUGCACACAACGUCGAUGAAGAUUUGGAGGUGCUUUGUGCUCGAACUGAGGCUCUACAUCUUCAUGGGUACCACACCAUUGCCGGCAAACUAGCCAUGAAACUCGCAGAGAAGAUUCUACGUGAUGGGAGUAACUUGAACAUUUCAGCACAUUCUGAUGGUACAAAAAACAGUAACAGAGGUCCAGGCCCAAGUUCAUUCACAAGUACUAUUUUGUUAAAAGCUGCUUUUCUCUGUAAUGUGCUCACAGAGGACCUGCACUGCCAUCACUUGGCUUUUAGAGUCGGUAUGCUGGGUCUGGAGAUGCCAAGGCAGCCGGCCAGGAGUAAGGCGUUGGAGGUAAAACUUUCAAAUCAAGAAUCAGAUCUGGUUAGCUUGCUUAAGAAACUUCCUCUUGGCCCAGCUGAACUAGCAGUUGUUAGGGAGAAAGCUGAGCUCCUGUAUCGUGGGCAACUGAAGCGGGGUGAAGCUGUACUGCCUAUCAUGUUAGCCACAUUCAUCUUUGAUGUGCUGUGCCCAAGUAAUGGUGGAACACAAACCAAGCGACAGGUGACAGGGAAACUUUGCACCACCACUAAAGAGGACGAGGAGCUAGGAUUCCAAGCUGCUCUCCAUGCUAUAGGGAUGAAAGGAAAUGUUUUAGAGAACCAGUACCCCAUGUUGUGUGAGGGUACAAGAAAACAGAGAGGAGACUUGGCACUAGCACUUCUCCUUCACUGCAGAGAUGAUACCUCCAGGAUUCGCCAAGUCAUGGAUGUUCUGUUGGACAAGAACCGAUAUAACUUACCAAACAGUACUGGAGUGAAGCAAGACAAGAAGAAAGUCGAAAGGUCUGAUUCACAGGAGAACAAGAGUGAGGAAAGCGAGGCGUCCAGCAACGGCGGUGCUGUGAAGACCAGAGCUAGCUUAGGGCUACCCAGCCGCAGAGCAAGCAAUGGCCAAAAUUCCUCCAGUACUAGUGACAGUGGCACAGACAGCAGCAGCAAAGACAGUAGUUCAGUAGUAGACAGAUGUAAAGCACGUGGAGGGAAUGCCAGACCUACGCCUCAAAGACUGGCUGCAGAUGUUGUAUCGAUGGAUGAUGAGAGCGGAAGUUCAAGCGGAGUAGACACAGAUUCAGUUCCAAUUCCCGUCCGGGUGGUGGAUGGUCAUCAAACCGAUCUUGUGAAAGGCAUGCGUACUGCUGUUCCGUAUGUUCACGCUCUUCAACUAAAUGACCCUGCUGAAGGUAAAACUGCUGUUCCUGACCCGAGGCAGGAUUUGCCUAAUGUGAUUGUCCCGAAUGACUUAUUAAUGUCCGUCCCAAAACAAGAUGCCGCCAAUGCCAGUGAUGCAGAGCCUGUCCCAGGUGACAUUGGUGUGAAGGUAUGCACUCGGGAUAACCAAUCUAGCAUGUUAGAUAAGGAACCACACAUUACUGCAGUUGUUGAUCGUGUCCUACGUGCUACUGGUACAGUCGAGAGUGUACCACCAGUAUGUGGUCCGGCUGGAGAUGUUCCACAAGUCCGUGACCCAAUUGAAAAUGUUCCACAAGGCUGUUCUCCAGCUGGAGAUGUCCCUCUCGUCUGUGGCGAUCUUCCGCCAUUAGUCCUGACAGAAAGCAUUCGUCCAAAUCUCCAAUCCCCUACUGCGGCUGGAUUAAUUGCUAACGUACCACGUUUGAAUGAAACUUCAGAUUGUAGCAACAAGAUAACAAGAAACACCUUACCAGGUACCUCGGAGACCGUGAACGUUACUUGCGCUUCUGGCGACAGGCCAGUUCUUAUCACUGGCAAAAUCCCUGCCGGUCAGGAUCUCUCAUCUGAAGGAGAUGUGUCGGAUAUUGAAGCUGACUUCGAGGAUUCUCAACAGGAGAUGGCUAAUUCUUCAGGGACGGCAAAUACUUCGGUGGAUUCAGGCGAAACGCAUGAUGUUCAUAUUUCACCUUCAGUUGCUGCUGAUGAUGAAGGGAUGUCAGGUUCCCUGAAUGUGGUCGUUGAAAGUGGCAGUUCAGCAUCUGUCUCCCCUGGCCGUGAUGAUCAACAUUACAAUGAAGGAGAAGCAGCUGAUGCUGCAGCAGCACCAUUAGAGGCAAUAGAAGAACAGUCCAGUGAAUCAGGAGCCAGAGGAAGCACCAGCGCAAGUGCUGAUGAUACUGACAGAAGUCGGCGCCGUAACAGGCCGCGUGGACGAAGGAGGAAGAGAGGCGGCAAGUCUGCUCUUUAUCAGGCUACCGAGGCUGAGGCGCAUUUCAUGUUCGAGCUUGCCAAGACUGUGCUGAGUAAAGCUGGGGGAAGCAACAGCACAUCCGUGUUUACUCAGACAGCAAGCAGCGACACUCAAGCUGGACCUCAUAGAGUACUGCAGUUGUGUGCAUUUGAAAUUGGCCUCUUUGCCUUGGGACUCCACAAUCGAACAUCCCCCAACUGGCUGUCACGAACGUACUCAUCGCAUGUUUCCUGGAUCUCAGGUCAAGCCAUGGAGAUUGGUCAUCAGGCAAUAGCCCUUCUCCUGGAACACUGGGAAGGGAACCUAACGCCUUCUGAAGUGGCAUCUAUCGCUGAUCGAGCUUCUAGGUCAAAUGACCGUGCCAUGGUGCGUGCUGCAGCUGAGCUUGGCCUGUCAUGUCUUCACAUGGCUACCACUUUAAAUCCGGGCGAAAUUCAGCGUGUUCUGUCUCAGUGUCGCGAGGAGGAUCCGCAGUUGUUGGACCAAGCUUGCCAGGCCGUUGAAAGCGCCGCUCGGGGUGGUGGUGUGUACCCCGAAGUUCUCUUUGAUGUUGCCAAACAUUGGUUCCACCUUCACGAAAGAAACCAGACCAACAGUGGCACAGCCGCAAGGCCAGCUAAAAGCGAAUCAAGAAACAGAAGUGUGUUGAGUAGAUCGUCUCAACCUUCAGCCUCUUCGAGCCAGUCUCCUCCACUCAGCCCCUUCGUGCCUCAGAUACCACAGUUCACCAUACCUUGCAGUUACUCAUCAAUACCUCCCCCCCUGUACACCACGCCCGAGCAAUAUGUUCAGCAGCAAAUGCACCAGCAAGUCCAUCAGAUGAUGGGGCACUAUCCGGCUUAUUUAUCAGGGGGGUCCUCAAGCUACCGGUCCGGUUCACAGUCGCAUUAUUCAUACCCUUUCUCGCGAUCCUUGCCAGGGACUCAAUUUUCAUUAUCGGGAGCGUAUGCCGGCCUCACUCCACCCCCGUAUCAAACCACAAGUGCGAGUUCAAGUUCUAACCAGCAUUUAAAUCGCAUCACACCAGUGCAGCAAGGAACACAAGUCUCGUACUAUCUGAACAGUGCAUACAGAGUUGGUAUGUUGGCACUGGAGUUCUUAUCCAGGCGCACUUCAGAUGACCGCCCAAGCGUGAAGUUUUCCCGUAAUCCCAGCUGCAGUGAAGACAUUAGAUGGUUGUGCAGCCUGUCUGCCAAACUCGGUACUUCGCAUCUUCAGAGGUUUUGCGUAGCCGCGUUAAAUGCAGUAGUUAGCCCAUUCGUUCUGCACGACCUUGCGCUGGAAGCCGCCAGACACAUGGCUCGCUCCAACCCAGCUCAGCUCGCCGCGAAUCUGCGUUCACCAACUAUUAGUCCCUUAGUACAGAAGAGUCUAACAAUGUACGCACAGUGUAUCCAUUAUAACUUGAUAAACAUUUCCCAGAGCGAGUAUGAUGAGUUUGUGGAACUCCUGAGACACGCACGGGGAGCCUUUUGCAUGGCACCGGGCGGAAUGACACAGUUUAAUGAACUCUUGCAGAGUAUUCGAUGGGGUCAUUCUAAGAAGAAAGAACUUUGGCAAAUGAUCAUGUCCGGACUGGCGAAGGCGUAGUGUAUUGCUACGAAGAUGAUUGAAUACUUCUCGGAAUUUGCUCGGCAACGAAGUCAAAGCUUGGCACUGGUGGAGGACAUAAACAAAAGAAUAAAUUAACUUUGGAUAAUGAGAAAUUUCGAAGACCAAGCGUAAUGGCCCUUGGACAAUCACGAGUGACACGAUAUCUAUACUAACCCUCGCUCUGUUUUAUUCUCAUUGUCAGGGAGACUGUAACGGGUUGUUAGCUUUACAAUGCCUUCGAUUUUCGUAGCGCAGUCAACUGAACUUAGACUAAAUCUCUUAUGUGAAGAGUGUUCAUUGUUGUCUUUGUUAUUGUUGACAUUUUGUCUUGUGUGAAAUAAAGUGGAAACCGGAA